AUGGCCACACCGCUUCAAUUUUAUGGGAAAACCCCUCAAACAAUAAAAGCAAAAUGCGUACUUAUAUCGUCUGACCGUUUUGUAGUGGAGCUCAGUAGCUUUUCUGAGCAUGUUACCAGUGUAUUUAGGACUGUGCCCUCUAGAAUUUAUGAUCCUAAAACAAGGUCCUGGAAUUUCAGUAUAUCAGAUUAUAAUCUUUUGAUGACCAAAUUGCAGGCAGUGGAACCAAAAAUCAGCUUAGAAAAGUUACCCCCCUUUGUUCUGAAAAUUAUCCUUUCACCUAGAAAAGAAGUUGAAAUAGACUAUGAACGUUUGGACCCUGUCUUAAGCAGUUGUUUAAUGCCCUUUCAAGUAGAGGGCUUAAGGUUUGGAAUAGAGAAAGGUGGAAGGUGUUUCAUAGGUGAUGACAUGGGUCUCGGAAAGACAUUUACAUCACUUGCAAUAGCAAGUUAUUAUAAAAAUGAUUGGCCUUUACUGAUAGUAACCACAGCAAGUAUGAAAACUACCUGGGAAGAAACUAUCACAGAAUAUAUGCCUACAAUAUCUAUAAUGCAAGUUCAGUAUAUGGUUUCUAGUAAAGAUUACAUAGGUGAUACAGAAAUUUUGAUAGUAUCCCACGAUUUGAUGACUAGAUGUCAAGAUAAGCUAAAAGAAAGAAAAUUUGGUGUUAUCAUCAUUGAUGAAUCACAUGUUCUAAAAAAUUUCAAGUCAAAAAGCUAUCAUGCAGCUUCUCAAAUAUGCAAGCAAGCAAAAAGGGUGGUAUUGUUGAGUGGUACUCCAGCAUUAUCAAGACCAAGCGAACUAUUCACACAGCUGUGUUUGAUAGACCAUAAAGUAUUUACAGGAUUUACUCAGUUUGCAAUGAGAUAUUGUGAUGGGAAGCAGACACAGUUUGGUUUUGAUGCAAGUGGCAAGUCUAAUUUACAGGAACUAGAAGUAGUGUUGUCAAGGAAAUUCAUGAUAAGAAGAACAAAACAGGAUGUUGUUAAAUCUUUGCCAAAGAAAAGCCAAGAGCUGGUAAGGUUAUCUGAUUACACUACAAAUAAAACUGAGAUCUCUGGCGAAGAUAGAGAAAUGAUGAAAAUAUUGGGUGAAAAAUAUGCUUCAAAGAAAGGCCAUGACAAACAUUCUAUUCUACUAACAUUUUUUGCUGAAACUGCAAAAAUAAAGAUACCUCAAGUGUGUGCAUAUGUAUUACGAAUACUAGACAUUAAAGAGAAAUUCCUGAUAUUUGCUCAUCAUCAAGUGAUGCUAAAUGCGAUUGAAGAUACAUUAAAAGCCAAGAACUUUGGAUAUAUUCGAAUAGAUGGCUCCACAACGUCAGACCAGAGGAAGUUUUUCAUCUCCAAGUUUCAACUAAACGAUAGUGUCCGCGUUGCCGUACUAUCCAUAACUGCCACUAAUGCAGGUAUCACAUUGACAGCUGCACAGACAGUGAUAUUUGCUGAGCUGCAUUGGAACCCCACUAUUCUUAGUCAGGCGGAAGCUAGAGCACAUCGUAUCGGACAAGAAAAUGAAGUCAAGGUACAAUACCUUAUUUCACCAGGUACAGCAGAUGAUUACAUGUGGUCACUACUACAAGAAAAACAAAAGACGCUGAAAGAGGUGGGAUUGUCGCGAGAUAGCUUUGAUAGUGUAACCGAGCAUAAAAGGAGCGACAAGGAAAAUUUUCGAAAUGCACCAGGUACACGUACUAUAGAGGACUUUUUGACAGAAAAAAGGAAAAAAUCUCGCACGCCAGAAAAAUCUAGUGAAACAACCGUUGAUGAUUUAGAAGAUGCGUUCAAUGACGGGUUUGACGAGACGCUUAGUGAAGUCUGUGUACCAGAAAAAAAGAUAAAGCUGGAUGAAUCAACUGCUCAUUCUAAAAUCAAAGACGAUGCUGAAGAUCCAUUUAAUGAUGGUUUUGAUGAUAUGCUGAUGAAACACACUGAUGAGUUGUUGAACGAUGACAUGGAUGAAGUGUUGUGUAAUAUUGACUUUUAACGUGUAAAUAGAAAAAUGGACAGUGAAAAAUCGUGUUGGGCCGGUUUCCAUCACAAAGAAAAUAGAUAGAUCGUUUACCGCUUUCGCACACACAAUCUUAUAGAUUAUAUUGGAGAAGGAAUGUAUAGUUCUUUUCACGUUUCUUGGCGGCUACGUCACAAUGUCAUACAAAAUAAGUAAAAAGAUUGACUAAUGGUGCCAUAUGUUUGUGUAGUUUAACUUCCCUGAAAUUUCACAUUGCACAAGUUUAUCUAUAACACAGUUGCUAGUCGCUCUUGCAUACACUUAUGAAUUAGGCGAUAGAGACUGUUGUUUUUGCUCACUUUCUGCAUACUUCUAAUACAGACUCUCAACAUUGGAUAGUUAUAUCUGCUGUCACUAAUAUGUGAGAUAUCGAAGAUCAAUAAUAAACACAAGUCUCAUGUCCAUGACAAGCAAGUUAUUUGACAGUGACACGCAUAAAUGUGGACGAGACGUUGACAAGAAAAUGAGGUGAGACAAAGCUUAAAAACGUAUGUCUUUGAGCUUACACAAAUAAACUUCCGCGCAAAGAGGCCGAUUGCAUUUGUAUGUGCGAGGGAAAUGUAUCUAUAAAAGUAUUUCCUAUAAUUGUGAUCCGCCGAAAACCGUGAAAAGGCCUAUACUAGUGCUCACUUGCAUCAUUUUUACUCUUGGCAUUAUAUUUUAAACUCCCAUGGUUUUUAAAAAAUACCCUGUCAUAACAGACUCGUAAGUCUCCUAUGUCAAAACAUUUCUUCGUGGUACCCUUAUAGAUUACAGAUGUGUCCAGCCUUGAUCCUUUGAUCAGACGCCAUAGCCUUGACGCAGGACCUUGCCGCUGUUGGACCUGUGGUUCCUACUAUCUGAAACCAUAGCCUUGCCAGGCCUUUGCAGUGACACAGGAGAUGCACUGGAGUUUCCUCAUGCUCUCUGUCGAAACGGCAUGUGGCCUCUUGUGCCAGACCCAAGAGUUUCAUAAGUCGAUUAGACGACAGUGUUCUGUCAGGAGACCCACUAUGGUCCUUAUGGCAUUCCUAUUGAGUCAGAGUAGGUCCUCUGUGAAUACGGGUCUUCUUUCUUUGAUGAACUCUUUUGCCUGGCUUUUCCCCAAUUGGCCGUUCCAGCAUUCUAGGGACUUUUUCUUGGUCCAAUUCCUUAUGGACUAUUUCGUGCGUGUUCUCGUCACACCACAGAAAGGCCGCACCCUUUCGGGCUAGCUCAUCCCCUUUUUCAUUUCCUUUGUGCCCUUCAUGUCCUGGUGCCCUUUGCGCAGACUUACUGUAAUGUUACGUAAUGGUAUCCUUGCACAACCUAUAAUUUUAUGUGUAAUAAACCAAAGUGACCUGGAUAAAGCAAAUGAUGCUAAACUCAAAAAAGAUAUUAUUUUUUAAACCCUUUUUAAUUAGUUACUGUUAUAUAACUCUUUUAUAUGGAAAAUGUAAUUUUAAUUAUAUCUUAUCCCUUAAGUGGCAUCAUGCUGCUUGGUGGCAUAAUUAAAUAAAUAAACAUUGCUGUGAUAAUAUACUCAACCACCACUUUUGGUUACUUGAUCCAUUUUCGAACCAGAGGAUUAUAACUUAAUGAUAACAUAUUGCUCUGAUUUAGCUGAGUAAUAAGUGGUCUUGGUAUUUGCCACCAACACAUUCUCAGUAUGUUAAAAAGCAUCCAGAUUAUAAAAUUCAAAGACUGCAUUCACGACUGUAUAUUUAGUUUUCAUUGGUACAUCCUAAGCUAGAUUCUGCUAUUCUUGAACUCACCACAUGUAAUGUCUGUUAUGUAAUGUCUGCUCCACUAAUAUAUAACCACAAUUGUGAGAAUACAAUUAUUUAACGUCAAAUUCCGAUUUCGUGUGCUAGAAUGGAAUGUUUGCAAAAUCAUACUGCCUACUAGUUAUCAAGGGAUUGCAUUGUCUGAAUGUAUUGCCUACUUUUAGACUACAAAACUGUUCCAGAGAUGAUACAUUACUAACCCUACCGAACCCUUUUUCUGCCCACGUCACUGGAGAUAUAUUUUUUGGGUGUUAUAUGACAUGUACAUCAAGAAAAAUAAUUUCACUCAUUUCCGUCGGUUUGUCUGUCUGUUCGCUAAUCCUUGACCCCUCUAUAACUUUGAAAGUACCAGUCGGAUUUUGAUGAAAUUUUCACACGAGGUUACUGCUAUGUCAAGUUUUUGAAAAUCGAUCCAGUGGCGGCGGAGCUACGAGCAAAAAAGCAAAAAAAUAAAAAUCGCUCAAACUCCCUUUUUUGACGUUACAGAGGGUUCCCUUCUUGAAAAAAAAGGGGUGAAAAAUUGGGGUGGGGGGUUGUAGGUGGGUGGGGGAGGGUAUUUUUCAAUUUUUUGGCAGAGGUAUAUUGAAACGCCGCCAGUCGUGGUAUUUCUACGCAUCUGUCACAUAUUUCACUCAUCAUAGAUUUCACCGUAUAUCUAACCUUAAAACGAAUGUUGGAGAAAUAUUUCCGACCCUCGCGAGUAGGUCAUAUGCUUCGCGGUCCUGUAGAUGGGGAAGGACGAGGGCCGUCCAUUGAAACGCCCGCUAUUUAUCUAUGAAUUAUAAGUACUUUUCUAAAUUCCGGCUACAAUCAGUAAUUAAUAAACAUGCUUUUACAUCGGAAAACCUUUAUUACUCCAAUGAAAUAUGAAAC